UCCCGCCUCAAAAUCCUCCCCUGUUCUUCUCUUCCCUUCAAGGGAAAUCGGAGCUCAAAGAAUCCCCUGGGAACGAAGACCACCAUGACUACUUCAAUCCCUACCCCUGCUCCACCACCUUACACUCCUCCGCCUCCCAUACUCCGAUCAAAAACUCUCCUGAAACAGAAAUCGUGGUCGCCGGAACUGGAUUACAAGGAAUCCUGGCAGCGCCGCAAAAGCCUCUCACUCGAUCGACGCAAUCGCCGCUCCAUCAGCGUCACCGAUGAAGACAUCGACGAGCUCCGCGGAUUCCUCGAUCUCGGAAUUGUGUUCGGCGAUGAAUGCCCUGACGAUGGCAAUUGUUCUAAGAAGCUGUCGGAAGCUUUGCCGGCUCUCGAUCUUUACUUGGCGCUUCGCCGCUCUUUUCGCGGUUCGGUCGCCGGCGAGAGUUCAUCGGCGUCCGAUUCCAUUUCUUCUCCCGAUGUUUCUCCCGCCGAAAGCCCCCUUUCGAUGUUCGCAAUAUCUCCGAGUGAGAGUCAAGAGGCGCGGCAAGCGGGUAUAAAACGGUGGGCUCGACUGGUGGCUUUGGCGGCGCGCGACUCCUACUGAAUUCGAAUAUUAUGACACUUACUAAAAAAAAUGUUAGGUGUUGUUAUUCAUUUUUGUGCAUCUAGAGAAAAUAUUAUGUGUGGCGGACCGUUCGUUUAGACGAUCAUCC